ACAGUCUGGUCAUUACUGUCGACAUUGAAAAAGUGGCCUGACAAGUCAGCUAACGUUUUCCGUCGCGGCGGGCCAGGUAGACAGGUUACGGGAUAUGUUUACCUGGAGGUUGUUGCAAAAUACCGAGAGAAGAUUAUGAUAGCAUGCAUUUGACAACAUGGCCACGUAUGGCAGUUUAUGGUGGCCUGUUAUCUUACUAGUACAAACUAUCGGGACAACAGUGUAUGGUGUCAAUAUCACUCUUGUGGCUAACGGAACUCUUCAGACAUUAUAUUACAACCAGUCCGCGUAUCCCGUAGGAGAAAGCGGACAAAGAAGCAUUAUCCUUAUACGGACUGAAGAUUCAGAUAAUUCCUUUGUGGAGGUCUCAGUUAACGCUACCGCCAACCUAACCCAGCAGGUCUGCAAGGAUGGCAAUAUAAGGUUUUAUUCUGGGGAUAACCCCACAAAUGAGCUGUAUUUGGGGUCUUUUUGUGGAUCGCCAACGAAGAGGCGAACACCACAGUUUGUUUCAUCACAGGACGCCAUGACAGUUGUCAUCGAAAAUGGCACCGCCAUCCUCGCCGACAACAUCCUGACGCUGAACUACACCCAGGCUCACAAUAAAGUUUGUGACGAUUACAUAGAAUUCUUGGCAAUCUUUACACCAGGGUAUGUUCGGACUCCUGGCUAUCCAUCUGGAACACAAAAUGUUUCCAAAUGCUCUUGGGCCGUUUCGGGCCCUCCAACUAACCGUCUUCUCUUGACCUUCAAGUAUGCUGACAAAUCUGUUACUUCCGACUGCUCACUUACAAACAUCAGCGUUGAGACCUAUAUAGGCUACAGAAGAGAGAUCCAGACUUUAUGCUUGAAGGAAGAAAAAGCAAUAGCCAUCUAUAAACAUUCAAUCGUCACCAUCUCCCCAAGAGGACUGGAGCACAUCAAUACCGGAAUACAAGUGAAAUACGUUGCAGAAGAAGAAGACCGAUGCUACAAUACCCUUCGAAUCUCAAACGAAUCUGUCGGGGAGAUAAUGUCUCCAGGAUUUCCAACUGGGUAUAGAGACUUACAGGAAUGCAGGUGGUUCAUUACAACAGAAGCCUCUGAAAAGUUGUACAUACAACUCAAAGUGCUGGAAUCGGACUUAGACGACACCCAGAACUGUUCCAAGGACAUUGUACAGAUGUAUAACCCUGCUAAUUACAAGAUAAUUGGAUCUUGGUGUGGAAGAAGCACACCUACGUUCCAGUUUUUUGUCACAACAUUGGUGGUGGUGUACAGGACAGGCACCGAACAUUCCCGCAAGCACACAGGAUUCAAACUCAGAUAUGACAUCGUGGAAGAUGGCAUGUGUGACCAACAGCUGACUGCCUCCGGUAUCAAACAGAUCCUGAAAUCUGAUAAUUAUCCUAACCCGUUCCCAAGCUACCAGAGGUGUAAAUACGCCAUCACCAGCUCCCCCGGACACGCAGUCUAUAUAUCCGUGAAAGCCAGUGACGUUGGCGGCAGCAUCCACUGUGUGAAGAGAGUGAUCUCGGUCUAUGAUGGUCUUGACGAGACGAUUCAAAAUCGUAUUGGAGGUUUCUGCAUCCAACAAGACACCAUCAUACCAAAGUCUAUCAAGCCAGAUGCUGAUUGUCUUUGAAGUCGACGCUAAUACAAACAACACAGGCUUUCUUCUGGAAUACUGGGAAGGUCAGGUUAACAUGGCAUUAGAAGCAUCCGGAUAUGAUAAAUCUUUCUUCUUUCCUCCCGGGAAAGGCAAUUACUUGAG